CUUGGAUACAGCUGCUCAGCCAUGAAAAAGCCAUUUCAUGAAGCUCUCUAAGCACUGUUGUUGUGCUCAUCUGAAGGCCACACCAAGUUUGAAAGUUUUUAGCUAUGGACUCUGCAGACAGUUGGCGACUUCUGCGUACUGUGCGCUUCAGCAUGCGCUGUCCCCGCUCUGUCAUGUUAUAUGGCCUACCACUUGGUGGCUGAGUUGCUGUUGUUCCCAGUUGCUUCCACUUUGCUAUAAUCCCACUAACAGUUGAGCGUGGAAUAUUUAGUAGCCAGGAAAUGUCACAGAUGGACUUAUUGCACAGGUGGCCACCUAUCACGGGACCACACUUGGAGUCACUGAGCUCCUGAGAGCGACCCAUUCUUUCACCAAUGUUUGUAGAAGCAGUCUGCAUGCCUAGGGGCUUGAUUGUACACACCUGUGGCCAUGGAGGGGAUUGGAACACCUGAAUCACAUGAUUGGGAGGGGGUUGGAACACCUGAAUCACAUGAUAUGGAGGGGAUUGGAACA